AUGCCAGCCGCCGACGAUUCACCUUCCAAGGGGAAGAACGCCAACGCCGUGGAGGAGUACUCUAUUGAGUACUACAAAGCCCAAUAUGAGUCGAUUCAGGAGGAGCUACACGAUUUCCAGCUUUCCAGCACCGAGCUGGAGGCGGAGAUGGAAAAGGAGAUGGAGGAUAAGGAGAAGCGCGAGCGGCAGCUAAGGGAGAAAGUUGACAACCUGCGCUACGAGGUAGAUGAGUGGAAGACCAAAUACAAGCAGUCAAAGAGCGAGGCGAACAAUGUGCAAAACACCCUGCAGAAGGAGAUCACCUCCCUGCGCGAUGCCAAUCGUACUUUACAGUUGAAGCUGCGUGAUAUUGAAGUCGCCAACGACGAUUACGAGCGACAAGCCCGGAACACUACCUCGUCCCUGGAGGACUUGGAAUCCAAAUAUAACGUCGCUAUCGAGCGUGGAGUGCUGCUGGAAGAGGAGAUCAGGAGUGGGGAACAAGAGCGCGAAGACUUGCGGAUUGACAAUCAGCGUCUGAGAGACGAACUCUCUGACCUCAAGGUUGAAGCCGAGAUCGUUCAGGAGAAGUUGCGACACACCGAGGGCCAUGGGUUCCGUCGUCGCAAGCCGACACCCUUGUACCGAAGCCCGUCGACUCCACAGACCCUCGAGAUUUUCGAUCGGUCUCCUGGCGCAGGCACUUCGUCUCCCGUAUUUGCUACCCCUCCUGCUAAGUCAACUUUGGCUUCUUCAACCGCAACUCCUCCCUCGCCGCCCAUCUCGGAAGCCUCUACCAACUUCCGCAAGUCCAUCAACGCUACUCCCACAUUCCCUCGAACCAGGGCAACUGGCGCAGAACCAGUCAACUCACGGACCCUGCAUAAUGGCAGAGCCCAGCCUGCUCGGCCUGCUCCUCACUCACGCACUUCAUCUCUCGCCUACAGUAACAGCGGCUUCAGUAAUGGCGGCUUCAGUAAUGGCGGCUUCAGUAAUGGCGGUCGCUCUACCCCCUCCAUGUCUUACUCUUCCCGCAAUAGCCUGUCUAGGUCAACCACCUCCCGGCCCUCUGGUCUUCCCAAAUCUGGCUCACUAUACCAAAUUCGUGGACUUAUUGGCAAGAUGCAGAAGCUGGAAGAACGUGUCCAGUCUGCCCGGUCCCGUCUUCCAGCACCCUCUGAGACCUCCUCUCGGGGAUCUCCCCACUCCCGUCAAGGUUCAGUGAUCGGGGAUAGCCCAAUGCCCUCCACUGUCACGGUGCGGAAAAGCUCCCGCAAACGAAUGAGUGGGAGUAGCUAUGGCUCAUCCGUUCGAGAUAGCGAAGGCACCCCUUCUCAUCUCCCUCAGAGCCGCCAGUCAACCGGGGCUCGUACCGGUGACAGUCGGCCGAGCAGCCGAACAAGCUUCUCCAGUCGGAGCUCGUUUAGCCAAAGUGUGCAUUCCGGAGUGCCGAUUGGUCGCCCUGAAAGUCGGCAGAGCCGCCCUGGUGCCAAGACGCCUCUCGGCCACUACUCAACCAACCCCACGACGGAAAGCCGCCGACCUCGGUCCUCUCUGAGCAACCACAAUGGACAAACGCCCUCUGUGGGAAGCAUGUCCAAUAUCGAUGAGGAUAAUGACAUUUCUACCCCGAUUGUUUCCCGUAUUCCAAAGGACACGCGGCGACCCUCGGUUUCGGCUACGCCUCUUGGAAUUAAGAAACGUACCACUAGCGGCAUGUCGGCUAUUCCCACGCCCCGCAGCUUCAAGACAAGUAUCGGGCCGGGAGCCAUGCCUCCACCGUUGGAACGCAAACAAAGUGACAUCGGAGAGACCUAUUAG